ACAGCUGCAUUACUAUCCUCUCUGCAGCGUCCGUUUUUGAUCUCUCCCCAUCGCUGUCGGCAUCCCUUGACCAGCUACUGUACCUUUCGAUCGCAUCAUCCUUGGGAUUCGGUCUUUUCCUCCACCUUGUUUCCCUGUCCACAACCAUAGACCUCCUCGCCAAGCACUCCGUCCGAGAUGGCGAACGAGGACGAGCGAUCAAACGCCGCUGAGAAGGGAAAGGGCAAGGUCGACGAUGUCCGGGAGCUGAAUGGCAGCAAGAAACCUGCGAGCGACGAGAAAGCCCAGGCAAAUGGCAAGAAGAAGGAGGAGGAGCCGAAGGAAGAGGAGCUCAGUGAAGAGGACCAGCAGCUAAAGAGCGAGCUGGAGAUGCUGGUUGAAAGGUUAAAGGAGCCAGACACCACGCUCUACCGUCCGGCGUUAGACGCCAUCAAAAACUUCAUAAAAACCUCGACGUCGUCGAUGACGGCCGUUCCUAAACCCCUCAAGUUCCUCAGGCCGCAUUACGAUGAGCUGACAGGGCUUUACGAGCAGUGGCCCGCCGGCCCUACCAAGGACUCCCUGGCGGACAUGUUAUCGGUGCUCGGAAUGACGUACGGAGAUGAAGAGAAACUCGAGACCCUCAAGUACCGCCUCCUCACAAAGUCCGAAGAUCUGGGAUCCUGGGGCCACGAGUACAUCAGACACUUGGCGCUGGAGAUUGGACAGGAAUAUCAGAACCGGCUGAAUGCUGAGAAGGACGUCCAGGACCUGAUCGACUUGGCUCUGUCUUUGGUUCCGUAUUUCUUAAGCCACAACGCCGAGGCGGACGCUGUUGACCUUCUGAGCGAAAUGGAGAUCAUCGAGGAAAUUCCGCGCUUUUUGGACGAGAACACCUACUCACGCGUCUGCCUUUAUAUGGUCAGCAUGGUCAACCUGCUCACAUACCCGGAAGACCAACAGUUCCUCCGAACGGCCCACGAGAUUUACGUUCGUUACAACAAGCUCACCCAGGCUAUUGUCCUUGCGAUCCGCUUGAACGAUAUCGAGCUUAUCAAGAGCGACAUGGAGGCAACGACAGACCAGUCCCUUAAGAAGCAGAUGGCGUUCUUGGUGUCGAGGCAGCAAAUUUGGCUCGACCUCCCGGAGGAGGAAGAAGAUCAGUCGCUGAUGGAUUGUCUUAACAACACAUUGAUCCCGAAUCACUUCAAGUCCCUGGGUAAGGAGCUCAACAUUUUGGAUCCCAAGAUGCCGGAAGACAUCUACAAGACGCAUCUCGAGAGCAGUCGAGGAGCCGGUUUGACCAACGUCGAUUCGGCAAGACACAAUCUUGCUAGUGCUUUUGUGAAUGCGUUUGUGAACACCGGUUACGGAAACGACAAGAUGAUGCUGGUGGAAGGCGACAAGGGCUCCUGGGUCUGGAAAACCAAGGACGACGGCAUGAUGUCGACUGCAGCGUCGAUGGGCAUGCUUCUGCACAGAGAUGUGGAGAUCGGUUUGGACAAGAUUGAUAAGUUCACCUAUCUUUCUGAAGACCAGAUCAAGGCCGGUGCCCUGCUGGCCAUCGGUAUCCUCAACUCCGGUGUCAGGAUCGACUCAGACCCGGCCUUGGCCCUGCUCAGCGACCCCGACAACCUCGAAGCGAAGAGCCUGCCGAUGCGAGUUGCGUCUAUUAUGGGUCUUGGCCUGGCUUAUGCUGGCUCUAACAAGGAAGAGCUCCUCGAUGUUCUCCUCCCCAUCGUUGAGGACAGCUCGCUUGAUAUGCAGCUGUCCGCGAUGGCUGCAGUUUCUCUUGGUCUCAUCUUUGUUGGUUCUUCCAACCACCAGGUCAGCGAGGCCAUUGCCACAACCCUGAUGGACGAGGAGCGACAAAAGCAACUUAAGGAUAAGUGGACCCGCUUCAUGGCCCUUGGUCUUGCGCUUCUCUACUUUGGUCGCCAAGAGGAAGUAGAUGUCAUUCUGGACAUCCUGAAGGCCGUCGACCACCCCAUGGCCAAGCCGACUUCUGUUCUCGCAUCCGUAUGCGCAUGGGCAGGCACAGGCACAGUUCUCAAGCUCCAGGAGCUUCUCCAUAUCUGCAAUGACAUCAUUGAAGAAAAAGAAGAGAAGAAGGGCGAUGAACUUGUGCAGUCAUACGCUGUGCUGGGACUAUCCCUCAUUGCCAUGGGAGAAGAGGUUGGUCAGGAUAUGAUCCUCAGACAGUUUGGUCAUCUCAUGCACUACGGCGCGAGCAACAUUCGCAAAGCCGUCCCUCUCGCCAUGGGACUUAUCAGCCCCAGCAACCCGCAGAUGAAGGUUUACGACACCCUGUCUCGCUACAGUCACGACAACGACAACGAUGUGGCUAUCAAUGCCAUCUUCGCCAUGGGUCUCUGUGGAGCCGGCACCAAUAAUGCCCGUCUGGCCCAACUGCUGAGACAGCUCGCCAGCUAUUACCACCGCGACCAGAACUCCCUGUUCAUGGUUCGGAUAGCCCAGGGUCUCCUCCACAUGGGCAAGGGCACCAUGACCCUUAACCCGUUUCACACAGACCGCCAGGUCCUCUCCCGAGUGGCCGCCGCCGGUUUACUCACCGUCCUCGUUGCCAUGAUCGACGCGAAGCAGUUCAUCCUCGGGGAGCAUCACUACCUGCUUUAUUUCCUUAUCACCGCCAUGUACCCACGCUUCCUGGUAACCCUUGAUGAGGACCUGCAGCCUCUUACGGUCAACGUUCGCGUCGGACAAGCCGUUGAUGUUGUCGGCCAAGCCGGCCGGCCCAAGACAAUCACGGGUUGGCAGACCCAGAGCACACCGGUGCUCCUGUCACAUGGAGAACGUGCAGAACUAGAGGAUGAACAAUACAUUCCUCUGAGCAGCACCCUUGAGGGAUUGGUGAUCUUGCGCAAGAAUCCUGACUGGGAAGAAGCCUCCACUUAAAGGUGUUCUUACGAUAGACGUUGCGAACUAGGUAAUGUGCAGGGAAAACCUAAGGUGCUUGGUAUAAUUAAGCCUGGUGUAAUCCGUACGGCUUCGGAAAACAAUAUCAUGCAUCAUUCUUUUUAUUGUGACGAAUCUCUCUAAAUCGGCCAUCUAGCUGCCAUGUUAUCCCCUCCACGCAAUGUAUACAAGACACGGGUCAUAUAGAUCUGAGCUGGAAUCUCGAAGGCGAUUGAUCUUGAGUAUAAUUUCCAGGCCAAAAAAGAGUACCUUGCGG